CUCAGACUUUAGCAGAGAUUCCUGAAAUAGGGAGUCUCCGAGUUGGAGAGAUUCCUGGAACAGGGAGUCCGGAUUCCUGGAGCAGGGAGUCGGAGGCUCUGCUCCACCAGACCCCACCGCUUGAGUUCCCAGUUCAUAAGUUCUUGCCUGGAGACUGGGUCCUGUUAAAGCACUGGAAAGAAGAGGCCUUAGAACCAAAGUGGGACGGGCCUUAUCAAGUGCUGCUGACAACAGAGACAUCAGUAAGGACGGAACGUGGAUGGGCACACCAUACGAGGGUCAAGGGUUCGCCGCCUCCUCCUGAGCCUAAAUGGACUGCUGUUACACAUCCAGACCAGCCUUUGAAACUGACUUUGAAAAAGAAGAACUCUACAUAGACUGAACUUUGAACAUUGAUGUUUGGACUGGUAGCCUUUCAUAAAGACAGUUACAACUAUCUUCAAGAAGAGGAUCCCAGUUGGACACCUGAAUAUAGAUUUCAGAACUUUGCUCUUCAAUUCGAGGACCCUCUCCAAUUUCCUUAUGGACCAGAUUUGAAAGAUAAAGGACCUUUAUGUAAAAGGUGGAUUUGGGAAAGGUGGGAGUUUCCAGAUAAGGAACACAUUUGGGGGAGGGUACAUUGUUUUUACCGAUGGUAUGGAGAACAAAGAAGGGAGGCGUCCCCUCUAAAUAUUGUGACCUGGUAUCAAUUGAGACCAACUGAAUCUCGAGUAAGGUGGUGGUGGUACAAAAAUAGAGGUCUUCAAUAUUCUAAUUGGUGUAGUAGGUGGCAAUCUUGUAGCCGGACCUUCUGGCAUAGUAAGUGGUGCCAGUGCGGUUACAGAAGUUCAUCCAGGUGCCCCACUUGUGGGAAAUAUUAUGACAAUCUAGUAUAUAGAAGGACAGAACCAUGGGAGGAAGGAGGAUUCUGGGAUACAGUAAAAUCAUUAUAUUAGUGGUAUGGGGUUUAGUAGUACCAGUGGAAUCAGGAUGGCAUGACAAUGAGUUUCAUAAAAUAGUAAGAUCAAUGUCAACAGUGGCAAAUGUAUCAGAUUGUUGGGUGUGUUCCAGAGGGCCUUCAUCUUCCCGACAAGGGUGGCCAAUAAUCCCAAUAAGUACACUGACACUUGUAGAAUGGAAUAACACUGAAGUCUGGGGUACACAGGAUCCAGGGGAUAUCCCGGGGAAUAGGGGAUCUAGAUUCUUCACAGAUCCUGAUCAGUUUUUGUUAGCCAGACAGUGGGUAUGGCCACCAGCCCCACUAUGUUUUCAAUGGCAUAAUCAAACAAAGAAAGGGUACAUAGUAGUCCCCAUAAAGGAAGGAUAUCAAUCAAAAACAGAAAAAGGAGGGUCCUUAAAAACUGCUUAUUUUCAAAUGUCCAGAAUAGAAGUAGGAAAUUAUCCUAAGUGUGAAAAUACAAUAAGUUUAACAGAAGAUAAAUGGUCUGUAUGUAAUGAAACUAAUCCAUGGGUAGAAUGGCCGUUUUCAUGUGGAAAAGAAGAAGAUAGAAUGGGAAAUCGAGUUAUUAUAUUUCAGAAUCAAAAAGGGAUGAACAGCUUAAUACAAUUACAGCUACAGGCAAUAGAACAUAAUGGAAAUAGGUUGUUUGGGUUACCAGAAGGCCUGUAUUGGAUAUGUGGGAGAUGGGCUGGAAAGAUAUUGCCUUCUGUAUGGAAUGGCACAUGUACAAUAGGGAUGUUAGCGAUGGGAGAAAUAAGGUACUAUGAUACCUAUCAACCCCUUCAGACUUGGGACCGGCAGUUUGGAUGGGCUAGGGUCAAACGGGCGUAUGAUGAGGCCCUGGGGUAUGAUCCAGAAAAUACAUACCUUACAGAAGCAGAAAGGUUUGGAGCAAUAUUAUUCCCUGCUGUAGGAGUGGCAUUAAAUGUGAAACAGAUUAGACGUAUCUCUGCUCAAUUGGAGAUAUUAGCAAAUGUUACUUCAAGGGGAAUGUGGGCCUUACAGACAGAGACAGAAUCCUUAGCUCAACAGUUAACUCAGCAUAAAAUUGCGUUGGAUUAUGUUUUAAGUAAGGAAGGGGGAUUGUGUUUCUGGUUAAAUACAACAUGUUGCCACUAUGUAAAUGCUUCAGGGGAAAUUGAGGAAGAUAUAAAUAAGUUACACUUAGUGGCAAAGAGAGUGCGUAGCACCUAUACCCCAAAAGGGGAAAGCUGGUUCAGUUGGCUGAUGGACUGGAUUUCAUUUCCAUGGUUGAAAAAUGUCUUUUUAUUCAUAGUUAUGGAGAUGGUGAUUGGUGUAAUGAUAUGUAUCUGUAUGCAAUGCUUACCAUUAUUAAGUAACUGCACACGCACUACACAAAGUGGAAAACAGGAGUUGAUGGCUCUAGUGACUGCUGAGAGUAUACUCACUUUAGAAGAACGCCAGCUUGAUGCAGAGAAGCACAAUGAAGCUAUGCAAUGCAAGCCUUAGUGGCUUAAAACAGUAUGAAAAAGAGAAAGGGUGGAUUGAUAUGCACAAAUAUAUAGAUACAUAUUUUAUAGUGUUUUAAGCCAUAUAGCCAUAUAUAGGUAGCCUUAGGAGUU